ACUGAAAUAGGUGAUAAUGAACAAUAUCCUCUAAUGACAUAAAAGAAUAUUAAAUAGCUUCACUCAACCCAACCUACUUCUCCGAAUUUUUUACCUCGUAAGUUCGUACCUCGUCUCACAUUUUGUUCUCUUAGAUAGCUUUGAUGCGUAUAUUUUGAGAUAGUAUUAGAAACAAAUCGUAUUACUGUUCAAACUCUAGUGCUGUUUCAAUUGGUUUCAAUUCUAGUUUCUCCUGCCUUGCCAUACCCAUCCUGUAAAUCCCUGAGGAAUUAGAUUCGUCUUUGCACUCCUUGGCGAUUGUUUGACACGUUGUGCAAUCCAUUUCAUCAACUCAUUUCUCAUUCACGUGGUUUCCUGAGUGGAAAGAAUCUUCUGUAGACGCAAACUCGAAAUUUCAAACUUUGGCAGGAGUAGACUGUAAACCCAUAACUACAUAAAUUGUUGGACCCAGCACCAUUUCUCCACCUUGUAACAUAAAUUGUUGUACACAAUCUCUUCUUAGAUUUUCUUUAAUCUAAAUAUCUGCCCACAACUAUCAUUUAAAGGUUGGUUUUUAAGUGUUGUGGGGUUUCUGAACUGUCAGAAGGAGACAAAAAAUACUUUGUACAGCCUAAGGAGAACUGAGGAUGGUUGAAGACUGAUUUUUGCUAUCAUAUAAACUUGUGCACUCGUCUCAUCUUGGUUUCUUCACAAAAAGGCUCCAAAAUUGCAAACAAUAUAAGAUUGUACUAUCUACUUGAAGUUGAUCUUCAGAUCUCUGUUUAGUCAUCAACUGUUUGAACUAAGCCCACCAACUUUUUUCUAGUUCUAAACUAGUUUAUUGAAUAAGAACAACUGACCCCGCCACAGUUCAGCAGCAAUUUCUAAAAUAUCGGGCUUCAGAAUUAAUUGUAGAGGUACCAGCACAUCUGAAAUUUCUCUUUGAGAGUUAGUUGUUCUGAAAUUCAUAAAAAAGAACAACAAAACUCACAUUAUAGACUAAGCUGUAUCAAUUUCUAUACUAUAAUAAUUUUAUAGCUUCUGAAAGCUCAGGGUUUUAUUAGUGUAACCUGAUGACGUGAGAGUUCAUGAUUAUCUGUUAAUUGGUCCUCUGUACUCAUUAAAUUAUCAUUUUCUAAUCGGAGCUCUUUUCGAGGUUUAAAUAACUCUCCUAGGCUCUGCCCUUUUGUGAGAAUUUUUUACGCAUUUAAUAGCUAAAAUUUGCAUUCAACAUAUUACUUGUCCAUACAAUUUAUCAUAAUGUCUAAUUCCGACUCUUCCUUAUUUGCUGCUGUAGAAAGCAAUGACAUAUCUUCACUAAGCACCAUUAUGCAAAAUAAGAUAGUUAACAUGAAUGAGCUCAAUUCAUGUGGCAAAACGUCAUUGCACAUUGCAGUUGAAAAAGGAUCCGUAGAAUUAACAAAAAAGCUCAUAGAAGUGAAUUCUAAUAUUAAUGCACUGACGCCUGAUGAGAAAACACCUCUUUUCAUAGCAGCUGAGGAUGGUAAUGUUGCAUUGGUUAAACUACUAUUGGAACAACCAAAUUUAGAUGUAAAUAGGCUUCACCAUGGCAAAUCACCUUUACACAUAGCAUGUGAAAAAGGUCAUACCGACAUUGUAAAAGUUCUGUUGGCGGAUAAUCGCUGCUCACAUUAUAUUAACACAUAUUUCAAUGGUAAAGCCCCAAUACACAUUGCCGCUGAGUAUGGUCAAACAGAAAUCCUAUCCAAUCUACUGGAGAAGGAACCUGAUGUGAAUGCUAUUGAUGACAAUGGCUGCACAUCACUCUGGAUUGCGAUAGAAAACAAUCAAGAGGAAUGUGUGCAAAUCCUGCUCAAAGAUGAGCGAGUCGAUGUUAAAACCCGCCAUUUUAAUCAAGCACCUUUAGAGCGUGCUCUGAAAGAGAAGAAUACAAACAUAUCCAAGUUAAUCAUUGACAGAGUUGGUGAUAUUGAAAUUACUGAUGAAGGCGGACUAAAUCCUCUACAUCGUGCUGUAGAUGAAGGAAUGCUAGAUGUCGUUGAUUACAUAAUCAAGAAAGGAGCAAAUAUCCAAUGUAAAACAAAGAAUGGUAAAACGCCUUUGCACAUCGCUGCAAAACAUGGGCAUACAGAAAUAGCUGGACUCCUCGUAAAAAAUGGUUCUGAUAUCCAUGCAAGAAGUGAAAAUUAUCACAAUGCCACACCUCUCCAAUAUGCUAUUAAAUGUGAAAAUCUAGAAGUUGCAAAGUUUCUAAUUUCUGUGGGCUCGGACGUAAAUGCGUAUGACCCCCGUGCUCACUAUGCGAGAGACAGAGGAGGAACUUUAUUACACUAUGCUGCGAGAGACACUGAUGAUAAACUAAUAAGAUUUUUAGUUGAGAAUGGAGCGGAUGUAAAUGCCACCGAAAAUGAUGGAAGAACACCCCUGUGUUUGCUAGCGAAGCAUGAUGGUUCUUUUGAUACAAUGAAGUACCUUAUUGAAAAGGGAGCUACUCUCAACAAUGCUCGAGGUGGUACUCCCCUCUAUUGGGCAAUGUACGCGGAUUUUGGUGGACAUGAUUCAAAGGCAGCCGAUUUUCUCAUAGAAAUGGGAACCGAUGUUAACAGCUGUAUUGACUACCAUGGAGAUGAGUGGGAUCAAAUGAGAACUGCUUUACACUUGGCCAGACAUUUAUCUACAGUCAAACUCCUCAUUGAUAAAGGCGCAAAUGUCAAUGCAAAGGACAAGUUACUAAAUACACCUUUGCACUCAGUGAAGACCCCAUCCAUUGCAAGAUGCCUCAUACAACAUGGAGCAGAAGUUAAUACCUCGAACGAAUCCGGGGAUACACCUCUACAUUUUGUGCAGAAUUUUCACACAGCAAAAAUUCUCAUCGAAAAAGGUGCAAAUGUCAAUGCAUCUAACAACGAGGGUUACACACCAUUACAUACUGCUCGAAAUACAGCCGUAGCAAAACUGCUCCUAGAAAACGGGGCAGAACUAAAGGCAGUCACGAAGGAUGGCAAAACUGUUCUACACACUGCAGCUGAAGCAGACGUUAUAAUGUCCUCCCGAUUUAAGGGUGUAGCAGGCGUGGCCGAGUUUUUUGUGAAAAACUGUAUUGAUGUUGAUUCCGUCGAUAACUUCGGCAAUACUCCUUUACACCUUUGUGGAAUAUCCUCUAAUCUUCAAGUUGCAACUGUAUUAUUGGAUAAUGGAGCUAAAAUAAAUGUACAUAACAAAUCGAACAAGAGACCCAUAGAGAUGAAUCGAUAUCCUGACUCAGUAAAUUCUUUUCUCACCAGGAAGCUGCGCGCAGUUGAUCAAAUUUUUACCGCAAUUAUUGAUAAUGAGGGCAUUGAAAAAGUGAAAUGCUUACUUAAAACAGCUGAAGUUAUCAACCUUAAACAAGAAAAUAGUCAACUUACUCUUCUACAUCAUGCUGUGAAGCAAAAUAAUAAAAAAAUACUACGAUUUCUUUUACAAGAAAAAAUCACCCCAAGAAGCCCUUACCUAACUUUCCCUGGACUGUUCAACAGAGGUAAAGGAGCUCCAAGAAGUGGUGAUCCUCACAUCUCUCGUAUUUUGGAAAAAAUUAAUGUGAAUCCUUGCUGUAAGAAUAACUGGACACCUUUGCAUUAUGCUGCGAAAGGAGAUGACCCAGAGAGCGUAACUCUUCUCCUUCAGUGCGGGGCAGCAUAUGAAACUAAGACAAACGAGGGUAAAAUACCCUUGGAUCUAGCGGAGUGUAAUUCCAUCAAAGAAAUUCUGACACUGGCAAAUGAAUUUUUUGAAGCUGUGAAAGAAGGGAAGAAAGACCUUGUCAGUGAACUUUUAAAAAAUAAUUAUGGUAUCAUAAAUGCUGUCGACAGUAAUGGUUGCAGUCCUUUAUACUUUUCUGUAAGUAAUGACUUUAAAGACAUAACAUCAUUACUUUUAGAAAAUGGUGCAAAUGUGGCUCAAGUGACGAAUUCAGGUAGCACACUACUUCAUUUAGCUGCUGCGAAGGGUGAUGCGGAAUUAGCAGAUACUAUCUUCAAACAUGCCAAGAAGAAUGGCAGUUCAAAUGUGUUUGUUAAUGCUAGGGGAGAAAAUGGAUCCACAGCUCUUCAUAUUGCUGCUCAGAAUGGAUCCGUAGAGAUGACAAAGGCUCUACUGAAACAUGGAGCUAUGUAUAAUGCUAGGAACAAAGAAAAUAAAAAACCCUCCGAUCUCUCAAGGAAGGAGGAUGUCACCAGCAUUCUAAUCUUAGUAGAAGAAUUAUUCAAAGCUGUGGAAGAAAAUGCGGAGGAACUGUUGAACAGAUUACGUGAAAUGGAAUGUGAUGAAUUUUUUGCUGUGACGAAUGCUCAGGAUCAUUACGGACAAACCCUAUUGGAUUAUAUUGGUAAUAAUGGGCACCCAUUUGCAGGCAGUGAAUUUUCAAAAAUUAAGAAGUCCAAGGACAGAGAACUUUUGUUGCAGACGAACCCAUGUCGUCAUUCUCAAACCCCUGUUUAUUCACAAGAAGAACUUGAUGAUAUAGAUUUAGGUUUUGGAUUAUUUGAAACGCAAUUUAUCAUAAUGUCUAAUUCUGACUCUCCCUUAUUUGCUGCUGUAGAAAGCAAUGACAUAUCUUCACUGAGCACCAUUAUGCAGAAUAAGAUAGUUAACGUAAGUGAGCUCCAUUCAUGUGGCAAAACGUCAUUGCACAUUGCAGGUGAAAAAGGAUCUAUAGAAUUAACAAAAAAGCUCAUAGAAGUGAAUUCUAAUAUUAAUGCACUGACGCCUGAUGAGAAAACACCUCUUUUCAUAGCAGCUGAGGAUGGUAACGUUGCAUUGGUUAAACAACUAUUGAAACAACCAAAUUUAGAUGUAAAUAUGCUUCACCAUGGUAAAACACCUUUACACAUAGCAUGUGAAAAAGGUCAUACCGACAUUGUAAAAGUUCUGUUAGCUGACGAUCGCUGCUCACAUUUUAUUAACACAUAUUUCAAUGGUAAAGCCCCAAUACACAUUGCCUCCGAGUAUAGUCAAACGGAAAUUCUAUCCAAUUUACUGGAAAAGGAACCUGAUGUGAAUGCUGUUGAUGACAAUGGCUGCACAUCACUCUGGAUUGCAAUAGAAAACAAUCAAGAGGAAUGUGUGCAAAUCUUGCUGAAAGACGAGAGAGUGGAUGUUAAAACUCGCCAUUUUAAUCAAACACCUUUAGAGCGUGCUCUGAAGGAGAAGAAUACAAACAUAUCCAAGUUAAUCAUUGACAGAGUUGGUGAUAUUGAAAUUACGGAUGAAGGCGGAUUAAAUCCUUUACAUCGUGCUGUAGAUGAAGGAAGACUAGAUGUUGUUGAUUACUUGAUCAAGAAAGGAGCAAAUAUCCAAUGUAAAACAAAGAAUGGUAAAACGCCUUUGCACAUAGCUGCAAUACAUGGGCAUACAGAAAUAGCUGAACUUCUCAUAGAAAAUGGUGCUGAUAUCCAUGCAAGAAGUGAAAAUUAUCACUAUGCCACACCUCUUCAAUACGCUAUUGAAUGUAAAAAACUAGAAGUUGCAAAGAUUCUAAUUUCUGUGGGCUCGGAUGUAAAUGCAUAUGACCCGCUUGUUCACUUUGCUAGAGGCAGAGGAGGAACUUUAUUACACUAUGCUGCCAGAGACACCGAUGAUACACUAAUAAGAUUUUUAGUUGAGAAUGGAGCGGAUGUCAAUGCUACUGAGUACGAUGGAAGGACACCUCUAUGUUUACUUGUAAAACACCAUGGUAGUUUUGCUGUGAUGAGAUACCUCAUAGAAAAGGGAGCUACUCUUAACAAUGAACGUGGUGGUACUCCCCUCUAUUGGGCUAUGCGCGAGGGUUAUGGUGGAUAUGAUUUAAAGGCAGCCAAUUUUCUCAUAGAAAUGGGAACUGAUGUUAACAGCUGUAUUGACUACCAUGGAGAUGAGUGGGAUCAAAUGAGAACUGCUUUACACUUGGCCAGACAUUUAUCUACAGUCCAACUCCUCAUUGAUAAAGGCGCAAAUGUCAAUGCAAAGGACAAGUUAGUAAAUACACCUUUGCACUCAGCGAAGACCCCAUCCAUUGCAAAAUGCCUCAUACAACAUGGGGCAGAAGUUAAUGCCUCAAACGAAUCAGGGGAUACACCUCUACAUUUUGAGCAGAAUUUUCUUGUAGCGAAAGUUCUCAUUGAGAAAGGUGCAAAUGUCAAUGCAGCUAACAAUGAGGGUUACACACCAUUACAUACUGCUCGAAACACAGCCGUAGCAAAACUGCUCCUAGAAAACGGGGCAGAACUAAAGGCAGUUACGAAGGAUGGCAAAACUGUUCUACACACUGCAGCUGAAGCAGACGUUAUAAUGUCCUCCCGAUUUAAGGGUGUAGGAGGCGUGGCCGAGUUUUUUGUGCAAAACGGUAUUGAUAUUGAUACCGUCGAUAACUACGGCAAUACUCCUUUACACCUUUGUGGAAUAUCCUCUAAUCUUCAAGUUGCAACUGUAUUAUUGGAUAAUGGAGCUAAACUCAAUGUACGUAACAAAUUGAGCAUGACACCCAAAGAGAUGAAUCUACAUCCUGGUUCCGUAAAUUCUUUUCUCACCAGGAAGCUGCGCGCAGUUGAUCAAAUUUUUACCGCAAUUAUUGAUAACCAGGGCAUCAUAGAAAUAAAAGACUUAAUUAAAAUAGCUGAAGUUAUCAACCAGAAACAAAAAGAUAGUCAACUUACUCUUCUACAUCAUGCUGUGAAGCAAAAUAAUAAAAAAAUACUACGAUUUCUUUUACAAGAAAAAAUUACCCCAAGAAGCCCUUACCUAACUUUCCCUGGACUGUUCAACAGAGGUAAAGGAGCUCCAAGAAGUGGUGAUCCUCACAUCUCUCGUAUUUUGGAAAAAAUUAAUGUGAAUCCUUGCUGUAAGAAUAACUGGACACCUUUGCAUUAUGCUGCGAAAGGAGAUGACCCAGAGAGCGUAACUCUUCUCCUUCAGUGCGGGGCAGCAUAUGAAGCUAAGACAAACGAGGGUAAGACACCCUUGGAUCUAGCGGAGUGUAACUCCAUCAGAGAAAUUUUGACAAUGGUAGGCCAACUUUUUGAAGCUGUGAAAAAAGGGAAAAAAGACCUUGUCAGUGAACUUUUAAAAAAUAAUUAUGGUAUCGUAAAUGCUGUCGACAGUAAUGCUUGCAGUCCUUUAUACUUUGCUGUAAGUAAUGACUUUAAAGACAUAACAUCAUUACUUUUAGAAAAUGGUGCAAAUGUAGCUCAAGUGACCAAUUCAGGUAGCACACUCCUUCAUUUAGCUGCUGCGCAGGGUGAUGCGGAGUUAACAGAUACUAUCUUCAAACAUGCCAAGAAGAAUGGCAGUUCAAAUGUUUUUGUUAAUGCUAAGGGAGAAAAUGGAACUACAGCUCUUCAUAUUGCUGCUCAGAAUGGAUCUGUAGAGAUGACAAAGGCUCUUCUGAAACAUGGAGCUAUGUAUAAUGCUAGGAACAUAGAAAAUAAAAAACCCUCCGAUCUCUCAAGGAAGGAGGAUGUCACCAGCAUUCUAAUCUUAGUAGAAGAAUUAUUCAAAGCUGUGGAAGAAAAUGCGGAGGAACUGUUGAACAGAUUACGUGAAAUGGAAUUUGAUGAAUUUUUCUCUGUGACGAAUGCUCAGGAUUAUUACGGACAAACCCUAUUGGAUUAUAUUGGUAAUAAUGGGCACCCAUUUGCAGGCAGUGAAUUUUCAAAAAUUAAGAAGUCCAAGGAUAGAGAACUUUUGUUGCAGACGAACCCAUGUUAUUAUUCUCAAACCCCUGUUUAUUCACAAGAAGAACUUGAUAAUAUGGAUUUAGGUUUUGGGUUAUUUGAUUGUUGAUUUUAGGAUAGACUCGCGAUUUCUUCUGAAAAUUUCAAUUUUUCAAUCUAUUUAUUGGAUGGAUUUUACUUGUUAUGGUCACCAGAGUAUUUUCAUUAAAAGCAGGAUUCAAUAAUCCCCAAAUGUUUUGCAAUUUUAUUGUAUGGCCUUUAAAUGAAAAGCUUGUUGAAUCUGAACAUUUUAUGGUGGUUACGAGGGGAAUGGGUAUGAACCUAAUUUUUUUUCAGAGCAUUAAGUACAUGUUUUAUGUGUAAGCAAUAACGUUCCACCUAAUACAUGUACUAAACAUGGUAAUUCAAGUAUUCAACAUACGGUAAUUUGCCAGGACAACACACCUUUUUAAGUCGAUUAACUGACAGAUUACAGAGACUCGUAGAAAAGAAAUGAUCACUCUUCUUCUCAUUCUAGCAAUGGUUCAAGAAGCCAUCUGUAUGCGUCACCAUACAUUUUUGUAAACACCAUACAGUAUCCUCCUCAUCUGUGUAAUUAAUAUUGAACAUCACUGGUCGGUACAGAUCUAUCUACAAAAGACCUAAAAAAAUUGUUACUAUAUUUCGGUAAAUAGAUCUUCUCUGCAUGCUGACAUCAAAUUAUGGCUCGAUGUGGCUUUUGUGCUUUACAUCUUUAUAAAACAGGGAGCUCUUAGAUCACUAGCAACUCUGGGUACAAUUUUCUAGAAAGAAGUUCUGAAAGGGGUUUUUUUUACCCUCGUCAAUGAUUUCUGCUGUGGCUCUGCUGAAAUUCUUAAACUCACGGUUUUAAGAAUUUUUUUUUCUCUCUUAUUAUUGUUGCACAAGAUGGUUUCAUAAUUUCUAAGCUGGUCAAAUACUUCAAUCAUGGCUUCCUGAACUCGAAUAUAUGUGUAGGAGAAGUACUUAAGAAAGCACAGUACGGGUCAAGCACUAGGAAAUUCGCUUGAACCCUAUUUCGAACUCAUCUUUCUUGCAACCAAAAAGCAUUUAAUUUAAAAAUGUGAAUAAGUUGAUGCAAUUCUAUCAUUUUUUCCAAGCGAACUCUUUAACACUAUGAAAAGGCCUCUUUAAGCACAAGGCCGAUUACUCAAAUUUUAACGCAACACGAUGAGACAUUAAAAUGCGAUAUAUUGCUCCGUUAAGUUAAGGUUUUGUCUUGUCUUGUCAUGCUGACAUAGUUUCAAUAUUCGGACUACAGGAGCUUUUCUGCCUCCCUGAGAAACGAUUUAGAGUGCAUUUUUGGAGAGAAGCUUUAUUUCUGACAGAAGUGCAUUUACCAAUUGAAUCGCUGAGUAUUUGAUAUUACUCUAAGAAAUUCUUUUCAAAAAAUGUUCAAAAUUCCAACGUUCGUGCUAUUUGCAUGCCUAGAAUCAUUAUAGCGGUCAGGAAUAAAAUGAGCUGGUACAAUACAUACAUCAUUAUGCCUACUUAUUGCUUUCAAAAAUGUACAGUGAUGUUUGCGAAAAUAGGAUCUGCUGCCUUGACUGCAUGACUGUGCGAAAUCAGAAGAAUCAGUCAGGGGGCUCACUAGUAUCCCAAGUAGCACAGUGCAUUGAAAGUUUUGAAAUAAAAUUGCAAUUUAAUACUAUAAAAUUGCUAUUUUUUACCAUAAAAUUACAAAAUUUUUUCAUCAUUUGGUCAGUGAAUGCCGUUCAUGAGCACUUAAAAACCUGAGUUCCUUGUGUCAGAAAAGAAUUGUGACUUCUUCAAUUUUAUUGAAUUGAAUUACUAUACCAGGUGCCCCUUUAAUUAGUAGAUAGGCAACAUACACAUCUUUCCAAUGCAGUGCUAAUAAGUUUACCAUGCACUGCAAUUUCGAUCUUUGCUGCUUGGGAACUGGAGACAAACCUCUCGAAGUCAGCUAACAAAAUUUGGGCCCUAAGUUAAAUUUAGGAAAUUUAUUUUAGUUUGCUUUGCAGUCUGUGAACAUGACUCUAAAAUAUGGUGAAAAAUUGUCAAAGAAAACAAAAAUCGCAAUAUUUUGAAAGUAGGAAUCAAUUUAUUAAAAAAAAAAAAAAAACCUCAGACAACAAGACAUAAAAAAUAUUUUGCAGGAAUGUGUAAUUAAAUGAGUAAAGAAAUAAAAAUAAGAAGAUUCGAAGUGAAAAUCAAAUGAAAAGUUAUAUGGCCAAAGAAUAAAACUAAGAAGCUUAAAUCUAAGAAUCAUAACUGAAUAGUUUAAUAGUUUUUUAUUUUUCUUCUUAUUUAACGUUUCAUUUAUGAUUCUCGGAUUGAAUCUCCUUAUUCACUUUGUUACUCUUUUAAAAUGAAUUUUAUAUAAUUACAUGUUACGUUUCUAAUUUUAUCAAGCUUGUUCCAAAAUUAUAAAACUUUUAUUUUUGUUCGAAUAUAUUUUCAUUGAUUGCUAUA